AUGCAGAUACAAAAUAUAAAGCACCAUCAACAGCAGCAGCAUCAACAGCACCAGCAGCAGCAACAGCAGCAUCAACAGCAGCAGCAUCAACAGCAGCAGCAGCAGCACGACCACCAGCACCAUCAUCAUCGUCAACAGCAGCAGCAAGAGCAGCAGCAUAACCAUCAUAAUCAUGAUCAGCAGCAGCACCACCAUCCGCAUCCGCAUCCUCAGCAGCAGCAGCAGCAACAGCAGCAGCAGCAGCAGCAGCAUCCGCAGCAGCAUCGUCAGCAGCAGCAUCCGCAGCAGCAGCAUCCGCAGCAGCAUCCGCAGCAGCAACAGCAGCAUCCGCAGCAGCAGCAGCAUCCGCAUCCUCAGCAGCAUCCUCAGCAGCAGCAGCAGCAUCCGCAGCAACAGCAGCAUCCGCAGCAGCAUCCGCAGCAGCAGCAGCAGCAGCAGCAGCAGCAAGUAUAA